CGGAGCCAUCGUAACAGUUGCCAAUUGUUGUCAUGUCCAGUGACGAGCACGCGUCGCGCCUCUCGCAAGCGUCACGGUCUCUCUCUGGUGACAGCCUCGACGCGAUCGAGCCCAUCGUCGCACGGUCCUCGGUCGGCACGGCGUUCUACCUCUUCAACCACCAGGUCGGUGGCCACAAGCCAUUCCUGCGCAGUGCGCCGGGGGAGGUGUGCAAACCUGCCAUCCCGCUGGAGCUCGCCUUCUACCGCGCGUUGAGCGACCGCUUCCCGCAGCUGGAGCCGUUCGUGCCAGCCUACUUGGGCACGAUCACUGUGGACCUUGAGCCCCACAGCGAGAAAGCCACCAAGCCCGUGACUGGUCGAAAAUCGAGCAAGUCCGUCGACACGAGCGUGAGCUACAGUCUCUGGCACAAAGAGGUGGGCAAAACCGUUGAAGAAGCGCCGUCCUUUCUCUGCGAGUACCUCGUCCUCGGGGACCUCACGUCGGGCUACACGCGUCCGUGCGUUCUGGAUAUCAAAAUGGGCACCCGCCAGCACGGGGAGGACACCUCGGACGAGAAGGCACGCAGCCACACGCUCAAGUGCGCGGCCACGACGUCGGCGGAGCUCGGACUGCGGCUCUGCGGCAUGCAGAUCUACCGACAAUGCGACAGCCGCUACGUCCUCCGGGACAAACAUUGGGGUCGCCGCCUGCACGCGAGCGACAUUGAGCCCGCCCUUCUCUUCUUUGUUUCGAACGGGGAGACGGUGCGACAAGACGCGGUGGCGGGGCUUUUGCAGCGACUUCACGCGCUCAAGGACGUGAUUGCAGCCACCAACGGCAUUCGGUUCUGGGGUGCGUCGCUCCUCUUGGUGUACGAGGGCGAGACCAAAGGCCGACCGACCCGCGCCACCGACGUCCGGCUCAUCGACUUUGCGCACAGCCACCAAGACCCCUCUAUUGGCUCGCCGGACGAAGGGCUGCUGCUGGGUUUGAGCAAUCUCAUCGCAUACCUGACGCAUAUUGCGUCGGGGCCCCCCACCGUGUCGCCGCCCCCCGAGCUCGACACGAUUUAACGUCAGUCUCUUCUACUACUUUAACCUUAUAUAUGGUCAAUUCCUAGUUCCA